UGACGCUGUUGAUGACAGAAUUUGAAGACAUCUGUCUGCUAGAUCACAAAGAUAUAAGAGACAUCGCUUGCACCUUCGACCAAACUCAUCAAAGCUCAAUCGCAUAUCUUUCUUCCAGAUACAAAUCAAAUUCCAUCCAUCUAUAACUUCAUCAUGGCAGCGAGAACAUACGACUCCUCCCGCUGGAUAUCCAAACGCCAAUUCCUGGAUGGCAAACCUUCUACACCAACAGAAGUCUCCAUAAACUACAUUUCCUGUUCCCCUCCCAAGAGAACACAAUCGAAAGGGACUAUCCUCCUCAUCCACGGGUUCCCUCAAACAUCCUACCAGUUCCGCCAUGUAAUUACUCCCUUGGCCGAUGCAGGAUACCUGGUCAUCGCACCCGACUACCGCGGCGCAGGAGAGUCUUCCCGCCCUAGAGACGGCUAUGAUAAAUUCACCAUGGCUGCCGAUCUCCACACCUUGAUAACCUCCCACCUAAACAUCAAGGACAAGAUCCACGUCAUCGGCCACGACAUAGGCGGCAUGGUAGCUCACGCCUUUGCCGCAAAAUUCCCCGAUGCGACAGCAUCAGUGGCUUGGGGAGAAUGCCCACUCCCCGGCACUUCCCUCUACGAUCAAUACGUCAAAGAUUCCGCACACGGAGGACUCUGGCAUUUUGUCUUCCACUGGCAACUCGACGUUCCCGAAAUGCUCACACAAGGAAAAGAACGACAAUAUUUGAAAUCCUUCUAUGAUCGCUUGACUCAACAUCCUUCUGCCAUUUCCGCUACGGAUGUGGAUCAUUAUGCUGAGUUGUUUGCUCAGCCGGGAGCUAUGCGUGCGGGUUUUGAUCUUUAUCGCGCUUUCCAUCAAGAUAGCGAGGAUAAUGCGAACUUGGUAAAGGAGCAGGGGAAGAGUAAGGUUCCUUGUUGUGCGCUUUGGGGUGAGUUGAGCUUUAUGAUUGAAAUUGCGGAAGAGCAGGCGAAGGAUAUGUAUGAAGAGGUCACUUUGGCGAAGGUGGAGGGUGCGGGGCAUUGGUGUGCAGAGGAGAAUCCAGAGAGUUAUGUAAAAGAGGUUUUGAGAUGGGUUGGAAAGCAUUGAGAAGUGCGAGAGAAAGGAUAUAUAUCACUUGUGAUAAGAAGAUCUUCUACAGCCA